UUCCGGUGCAAGGGUUUUCCCUGCACAUUUUCUCUGCCUUUGCCGGUACCUGCGUUCUGCGUUGUGGGAUCUCAAAAGCGUUGUUUCCAGAUGGAGUGCUUUGAAGAUCAAGCCCUGUGUAAGGCAAAGAGUGCAAUCAGAUGUAUCGUCUCCUCCGAAGUUAAGUCCUGAACUGUUCCCUCAAGGUAUCCUAGAGUUACCAACAGCUGGGUAAUGUCUUUUCAUUCUGGUCGUGGAUGCCCCCGGGGCCGAGGAGGAGCUACUGUACGAGCUUCAUCGCAAACCUUUCGCCCCCAAAACCUGAGACAACUACAUCCUCAGCAGUCUUCCAUGCAGUAUCAGUAUGACCAGCAAACUGCAACCACAUCCAUCUAUGUGAACCCUCCAACUACAAACUAUGUACCUCCUAGGCCAGAUUUCGUCCCAUAUCCCCCACCAAUCCCCACUUCGCCUCAAAAUUCAAUCACCCAGUGUCCCCCCCGACCUCCUUUUUCAGGCCAUCAGGUGAGGCAGACAUUCCCACUUCCCCCUUGCUUUCCCCCAGCUCCUCCUCCUGUCCCAAAUCCUGGUAACCCUCCAGUUCUAGCCAAUACAACUGGACAAAACACAUUCCCUUACAUGAUGCCACCUCCAUCCAUACCACACCCCGUGCCUCCACCAAUAAUGCCUCAACAGGUAAAUUACCAGCCCGUGUAUUCUCCAGCAUACACCCAGCAGACCUUUUCGCCUCCUAACUUUAAUAACUACCAACACAGUGCAAGCUCUUACCAAAGCAACAAUGGCAACGCUAAUAGCGGUGGUAACACCAGCAGUGACUUCCGACACCCAAGUCAGUAUCCAGUAGAAAAAUCCCAGGCUGAACGGAGGUCUCCAGAGAGGAGUAAAUAUUAUGAUGAACAUCGCCAUCGGGAUCACUGCCAUGGACACGGAGAUCGGCAUCGCUCCGCUAAUCAUGGGGACCGGCGGGAUCGAGGGAGGAGCCCAGAUCGCCGGCGACCAGAAAGUAGUCGGCAUAGAUCGGAUUAUGUCAGAGGAAGAACCCCGCCCCGCCAUCGAAGUUAUGAAUGGUACAGGGAGCAUCAAAGGGAAAGGCACAGGCACCGUGAUAGUCGGCGAUCACCAUCUACAGAAAGGUCCUAUAGAAAAGAUCACAAAAGAACAGGAAGUCGAUCUCCCAGCCAAGACCGAAAGAGACCCCGUUGGGAAGAGGACAGGGAGCGGUGGUCAGAAAAUGCCAAUAGAGAGAAAAGUUAUACCUCCAUCAAGGACAAAGAGCCAGAAGAGUCAACAGGUGAAAAGAAUGAGGAAGAAGAUGAGGAUCUACUGAAGCCAGUGUGGGUUCGCUGUACCCAUUCAGAAAGCUACUAUUCAAAUGAUCCCAUGGAUCAAGUGGGGGAUUCCACGGUUGUGGGAACAAGCCGACUCAGAGAUUUGUAUGAAAAAUUUGAAGAAGAGCUAGGAAAGCGUCAAGCAAAGGCUAAAGCUGCAAGGCCUCCAUGGGAGCCACCCAAGACCAAACUGGAUGAAGAUGUAGGGAGCUCCAGUGAUUCUGAUUGUGACUCAGAAGAUGACAGCUGCUCCAGCAGUUCUGAUUCUGAAGUUUUUGAUGUCAUUGCUGAAAUUAAGCGGAAAAAGGCCCACCCUGAUCGUCUGCAUGAGGAGCUGUGGUACAAUGAUCCUGGACAGAUGAACGAUGGGCCUCUUUGCAAAUGUAGUGCCAAAGCCAGGAGAACAGGGAUAAGACAUGGCAUCUAUCCUGGAGAAGAGCCUAUUAAACCCUGUCGCCCUAUGACCAACAAUGCUGGAAGAUUGUUCCACUACCGCAUUACAGUGUCGCCUCCUACCAACUUCUUAACAGACAGACCCACCGUCAUAGAGUAUGAUGACCACGAAUACAUUUUUGAGGGAUUUUCCAUGUUUUCCCACGCUCCACUCACAAAUAUUCCUCUGUGUAAAGUAAUCAGAUUUAACAUUGAUUAUACAAUUCAUUUCAUUGAGGAGAUGAUGCCUGAAAACUUUUGUGUCCGAGGGCUGGAACUCUUCUCUUCUUAUCUCUUCAAAGAUAUUUUAGAACUGUACGAUUGGAAUCUGAUAGGUCCUUCAUCAGAAAACAGUGAUACUUCCUGUCCUCGGUUUCAUUUCAUGCCACGUUUCGUGAGGUUUCUUCCAGAUGGCGGGAAGGAAGUUCUGUCAAUGCAUCAGAUUCUCCUGUAUUUGUUACGAUGCAAUAAACCACUCGUGCCAGAAGAAGAGAUUGCCAAUAUGCUGCAGUGGGAAGAGCUUGAGUGGCAGAAAUAUGCCGAGGAAUGCAAAGGGAUGAUAGUGACUAGCCCUGGCAUGAAACCCAGUUCUGUUCGUAUUGAUCAGUUGGACCGUGAGCAGUUCAACCCUGAUGUGAUUACUUUCCCCAUUAUCGUCCACUUUGGAAUACGACCUGCUCAGCUCAGUUAUGCUGGAGAUCCACAAUACCAGAAACUCUGGAAAAGUUAUGUGAAAUUGCGCCACCUGCUGGCUAAUAGUCCCAAAGUGAAGCAGGCAGAUAAACAGAAAUUAGUGCAGAGAGAAGAAGCCCUGCAAAAAAUCAGGCAGAAGAAUACCAUGCGGCGUGAAGUAACCGUUGAGCUGAGCAGCCAGGGAUUCUGGAAGACGGGAAUUCGUUCUGAUGUUUGUCAACAUGCCAUGAUGCUUCCUGUCCUUACACACCACAUCCGUUACCAUCAGUGUCUGAUGCAUUUGGACCGACUAAUCGGCUACACUUUUAAAGACCGGUGUUUAUUGCAGCUUGCCAUGACUCACCCAAGCCAUCACUUGAACUUUGGAAUGAAUCCAGACCAUGCCAGAAAUUCCUUAUCAAAUUGUGGGAUUCGGCAACCCAAAUAUGGGGAUAGGAAAGUUCACCAUAUGCAUAUGAGGAAAAAAGGCAUAAACACCUUGAUCAAUAUUAUGUCACGUCUUGGUCAAGAUGAUCCAACUCCUUCCAGGAUUAACCACAAUGAACGUUUGGAAUUUUUGGGAGAUGCUGUGGUUGAAUUUUUAACUAGGUAA